GUUAAUUAACUUGUCAAUGUCUCACCUCUGAAACAUAUUGUUAAUUAUUUCAUCGAUGUGUGGCCUAUUGUCUAGUUUUUCAAAUUUCAAGUUAUUUUUUUGUGGGAUUUAUUGUUUGCUCUUUUUCCUGCAUUGGUGUUUAUCUCAGUAUUUUAUUAUUUAAUUUUUUCACUGUUUUGUCCACUUAAUUAAUUUUUUAACUCCACCCCUGUUCUUGUGGUUCUUAUUUGAGUGGCUGUUUCUCUUUUGAUAGAUGGGAGACAAUGGCUAUGGAUCUUUGUCUUCAUACUCGUCAAAGAUGUAUGGAGGAUUGCCGCCUCCAUCAACUUUUGAGAUGGUGGUUCCUGCUCAUGCAGUGGGUAAAGUGAUGGGUAAAGGCGGGGCUAAUAUAGCUAACAUCCGUAAGAUAUCUGGAGCAGUUGUAGAGAUCUCUGAAUCCAAAUCUUCCCGGGGUGAUCGUGUGGCUCUAAUAUCUGGCACAUCUGAGCAGAAGCGUGCAGCUGAAAACUUGAUUCAGGCAUUUAUAAUGUCUACCUAAAAUAUGAGGAUGCUUCUUGGUAUUUGAAGGUGAAUUCUGGUUUAGAUCAUGGAGCAUUCUCCCUCAAAUGUUUACUCUCUCUAGUUCCUUUAGGUCAUGUCUUGGAGAGGGCUUCAUUUCUAGGUUUUGUCUGUUGCAAUCCUGUUUUUUUUCGUAACAAAGCCUAUCAAGAUUGUGCCGGAAGAUUCACUGCAGGCUCUAUUUUCUGUGGAUAUAGGUUGUCUAUGUUGCUUAAUCGAUUCUUCAUCUGCGGCUGUCUUAGAACUGAUAGGAUCUUCUCUCCUUUCAAAGUGUUUUAUUAAUUCUUAUCCUUGGUUAGUGUGGAUUCCAUCUUAUUUGCAGAUACUGUUUUGCUCUAUAACUUUGAUGUUCGUGCCAGAGUACUUUCAGUAAUAACCAUAAUUGUCGGAUUCAUAAUACAUGGAUGUUUUAAUUAGUGUUGCCAUACAAUCCUCUUAUUCUCAUCUUCUUGAGAAGAUAUCCUGUCUGAUGCACAAUGAAAUGAACUUGGUUCUAAACUCUUUUUCUUUUUACUUCCCUGACUUGGUUGACAAUUACAGAUUAGUUUCACAGAAAAGGUACACCUCAAUUUCUUGAACUAAUGACUUAUGCAUGCUAUAUGGCAUUGUCCUUUCCCCCGUCUUUCUUCUAAUUUGAGUUCUGUGCUUGACCUGUUUAUAUGAAGAAUCUACAGCUAAAAUUAAGUCACGAGAAUUGUCGUUUCUUCAAAUUCCAGCUGAUGCUUUGUCUUUGUUGGGAUUCCUUUAUAACUUAUGCCAUCAUGAAUCUUUUUUGGAAAUCUAAUUCUGUGAUUCCAGAAAAAUCAAUAAAUGCUUUUUAUCUAAAAACUUGUCAGGAUUGAUGGCCUUCUAAUGGUCUUUUAGAAUUUGUCUAUUAAUCCUGCCAACCUUUUCCAUUCUUAGUUGACUGUUCAAUAGAAAUUGUGGCUCACAAGAAUAUACUUAAUAGUCCUUGGUUAUUUUGUGCAAAGGAGCUUUCCACCUAAUUUAUUACACCUCUCUGAAUGAACCUCACUGCUGCCUUCUGGAUUCAGCAUUGGAGCUCUUCCUUUUUUUAUAUAGCCACCACUCUUAUAUUUUCAAGUGAUUGGGUUCCCAAUGCCUUCGUAUGGCUUAGUUCUUUGAUUCAUAAAUCUCUAUUGCUUUGGUAUUAGGACCAAAGAAAAAAAAAAAAAAC